GUCAGAAUGAGGAAUCGUUGAUCUUGCCAGCCGCCUGUGAACUAGGCCACCAGAGCAAACCUCCACCAAUUGCGAUUGUUGGAAUGGCGAUGAGACUCCCUGGUGGUAUCCGAACCAGCGAGGAGUUUUGGGACCUCUUGAUCAACAAAAAGGACGCCUCGUCCAGGGUCCCUGAAAGUCGGUACAACAUUGAUGCAUUCUACCACCCUACAAAUCCGCAAUCCGUGAAGACUCGAUCCGGGUACUUUUUACAAGAAGACUACGUCGGAUCGGCUGACACGGCAUUUUUUGAGAUGGGAGGGUAUGAUGCAGGGAAGCUUGACCCCCAACAGAUACUUCUGAUGGAAGUGGUCUGGGAGUGUAUGGAAAACGCUGGGCAGGUAGAUUGGCGUGGGAAAGAUAUCGGGUGCUACGUAGGUGUUUUCGGUGAGGAUUGGCAUGACCUAUCAGCGAAGGAGACCCAAGAUAUCCCAAGGGUUCACGCGUUUGCGACUGGAGGAUUUGCUCUGUCAAACAGAGUGUCGUAUGAGUAUGACUUGAAAGGCCCGAGUGUAACUGUACAAACAGCUUGUUCUUCUUCGAUGGUAGCCUUGCAUGAAGCAUGCUGUGCGCUUUAUGCUGGUAUUUGUUCUUCCGCCGUUGUUGCUGGAACUAACAUGAUCCUAUCCCCGACAAUGACGGCUAACAUGUCCGAUAAUAUGGUCCUGUCUCCUAGUGGUCACUGUAAAACAUUUGAUGCCCAUGCAGAUGGUUAUGCGAGAGCAGAAGCUGUAAAUGCAGUUUACCUCAAGCCGCUGGACAAGGCAAUUAGAGAUGGCGAUCCAAUCCGUUCCAUCAUUCGGUCGACAUCAGCAAACUUUGACGGCAGGACUAAGAAAAUUUUCUCUCCUAACGCAGAUAGCCAGGAAAGGCUUAUCAGGCAGGCAUAUCAGCGUGCUCACAUCAAUGACUUCGCCCAGACGGCUUUCUUUGAAUGUCACGGAACAGGAACGAAAGCGGGUGACUUGGCUGAGGCGAUUGCUGUGGGAAGGGUUUUUGGGCCUGAAGGCAUUUAUAUGGGAGCAGUAAAACCAAACGUCGGACAUGGCGAGGGGGCUUCGGGCCUAACGAGUAUCAUCAAGGCAGUGCUUGCACUGGAGCACCGGAUUAUUCCACCCAAUAUCCACUUUACCAAGCCAAAUCCCCAAAUCCCGUUCAAGGAAACUGGGUUACAGGUGCCGAUCGAAGCAACUCCUUGGCCGGCUGGCCGUGCGGACAGAGUAAGCGUCAACUGUUUUGGUAUCGGAGGUGCAAAUGCCCAUGCCGGUAAGCGAGCUGUUAAUAUCGAACGAAACUGCUCACGACUCUUGGUAGUGUCAGCGCAAAGUGAAGAGUCUCUCCAGAAACAACUUAGCGGCAUGCAAGCAUACAUAAAGAGCCAUCCAGAAUCCCUCAACGACGUGGCAUAUACCCUCGGGAUGAGGCGGAACCAUCUGAGAUAUCGAGCCUUCAUGUCCUCGACUAAGGAUGGCCGCCUCGAAGGUGAAACCAAGCAACCACCAUGCUGUACUCAGUCACCAGUGGUUUUCACAUUUUCUGGUCAAGGCACCCAAUGGCCUGAAAUGGGCAGAGGCUUGAUUGAAAGAUUUUCCUCUUUUCGAGCGGACAUCCAGAAAAUGGACGAGGUAUUACAACGACUACCACACAUGCCAUCAUGGAGCAUCGCAGAGGAGCUUCUGAGACCUAAAGAUUCAAGUAACAUCAAUGAGCCAGAGCUUUCCCAGCCCCUCGUGAUGGCUGUUCAGAUCGGCAUUGUCAAUUUGCUAGCGAGCUGGGGCAUUGUUCCUACUGCUGUCGUGGGACACUCCAGUGGUGAGAUUGCUGCCGCAUAUGCGGCGGGAGCCAUGUCUGUGGAGACAGCAAUUAUCGUGAGCUAUUAUCGCGGUCAAGCUGUCAAGCUAAACCGACAGGUAGGCGGGAUGGCCGUUGUCGGCCUGAGUCAGGACGAGAUACUUCCUUUUUUAGUUGACGGCGUGUUGGUGGCGAGCGAGAAUAGUCCCCGGUGCGUCAACCUGUCUGGUGACAAGGAUCGACUGGCUAUUGUGCUUGAAACAAUACAAAAAGAAAAGCCAGAUACCUACCAAAGCGUUGUAAAUGUGGAUGUGGCAUACCAUUCCCAUCAUAUGCACUCUGUGGGCGAGGUUUAUGAAAACCUAAUCUCGCCGUAUAUCGAAACGAACAAAUCCAUGAUUCCCAUGUAUUCGUCGGUUACUGAAGGUAUAAUUCCAAAGCCAGCGUUCCUGGAUGCCGCAUACUGGCGCCGAAACUUGGAAUCGCCCGUUUUAUACCGGGGAGCGGUGGAAGCCUUACUCAAAAGGACGGAGAGGGACCACGUAAUCUGCAUAGAAGUUGGACCUCAUUCAGUACUGUCGAGCAUCAUCAGGCAGAUAUUCAACGAUCGCAAAGAGAUAUUACACUACAUACCAACCCUUCUUAGGGAUGCCGAUACGUCGAAUUGUCUACUAAAGACCGCUGGGAUUAUGCAUUUGUUCAACCAUCGCCUUGACUUCCGACGUAUAAAUGGACCUGGAGACACGCUCGUUGACCUUCCCGCUUACCAAUGGCACCAUACAAGCGUCGGUUGGAAAGAGAGCCGCGUUAGCCGCGAAUGGAGGUUUCGAAAGCACUCCCAGCAUGAGCUGUUAGGCUGUCGUAUGCUCGAAUCCAGUGACCUUGAGCCGUCAUGGAGAAAUAUCCUCCACUUGAACAAGGUCCCAUGGCUCAAUGACCACAGGGUCUUUGGUGACAUCGUCUUUCCCUGUGCAGGUUUUAUUGCCAUUGUAAAUGAGGCAGUGAGACAAAUAUCAGGUUCCGCUGACUGCACAUUGAGUGAUAUGGCUAUCCAAACCCCCUUGGUCCUCCCAAUAUCUUCUGGGAUUGAGAUUAUUACUUCUUUUAAACCAAUAAGACUGACUACCACAGUUGAUUCUGUGUGGUAUGAGUUUACCAUAGCUUCCUAUGACGGUAGAUCCUGGACAAAACAUUGCGUCGGUAAAGCCAGGGCUGGCAAAGAUAGGCCAGAAGAGCCGAAGGAAAUCAAGCAUCUACCCAGAUGGGUUUCUACCCACACAUGCUAUCAGGUAUCCCAAGCCCUUGGCUUGCAGUUUGGGCCCCAUUUCCGCAAACUACAGAACAUUACAGCAGACCCCAUGAGCUGCACGGCCAGCGCGACAGUCUGCAAUGAGUCGGCCCAGGACGGAUGUACAUAUAGCAUUCAUCCUACAGUUAUUGACCAAUGUCUACAGCUCCUUAGCAUUGCGGGUACCCGAGGUAGGCUUCGAGAGGCAACAAAACUAUACUUGCCAACGUUUGUCGAAAGUGUUUAUAUCGCCCAGGGUGGACCACUGCUGAAUAUAGAAGCCUCAAUCGACAACCCGACGGCCAGUCAUGUCCUAGGGAACGCAACCGCAGCAUUUGAAGGUCAAGUAGUGGUCUCCAUGAAGGGUGCGCUAAUGACACCCGUGGCGGUUUCCGAGUCCAGUGAAGGCUCGGGGGUUCCUCUGGCCUCGUACAUGGAAUGGCGACCAGACAUAUCUCUCAACCCACCUGAGCAGCUCUUUGGAGCCCUUCCUAGAAUAGAAGCUCAGACACAUGACCUAGAAAUGUUAUCCACCAUUUCUCUACAGCAACUAGCACGGCAUGUCGGCUCUAUCAAUACGAGUAUUCCCUAUCUGAAAAACUACGUGGGAUUGCUCCAAAAGAAAUCAACAGAACUCCAAGCUCCAGGGCGGGCAGAAAUUCACACCGACGCACUCCCGGAAGCACUUCAGAAGUUGGUUGAUAGCUUUCCACACGACUCUCAUCUGGGAUCCUUGGCAAAAAUGCAUAAAGAUAUUGUCGAUCAUUGCGCAGAUAUAUUACAAGGCUCCGUUGACCCAUUAAUAAUUGCAAGGCAAGAAGGUGGCCUGAAUACGCUAUAUGAGUCAAUUUAUCAAAAUGAAGAGUUGUGCAGGUUUUUUGGUCUUCUUCGCCACUUAAACCCUGUGCUCAAAGUUCUGGAGGUCGGCGCUGGUACUGGCAGUUCAACGACAUACAUCCUGAAGACACUUUUAUCUGAACAGGGCAAAAUGCAUUACUCACAAUACACAUGCACAGAUAUUUCUUGGAGCUCCCUGAACAGAGCUAAGGAUCUAUUCAAAGACCACAAGGGCUUCGAAUUCAAGGCCUUGGAUAUCUCUGUAGACCCGACUGAGCAGGGAUUCGAGUCACAAGCCUAUGACCUGGUGAUCGCUUCUAAUGUGAUAGGCGCUGUUGCAAACAUAAGUGGAGCAGUACAAAAUAUGAAAAGCCUCUUAGCUCCGGGCGGGUAUCUUCUUCUACAGGAGUUUGAUGCAAUGGUCCCGAGUUCUCUCUGUAUUACAGGUCUUCUCCCCGAUUGGUGGAAUGACAAAGGGGAUUUCUAUGCACCCUGCAUAUGCCCUGAAAGGUGGACCGAGGAGCUUUAUAAUGCUGGAUUCAAGGGGGUAUCCAAAGAUAUGUCACUCAACAGGACAUCCUUACCUUGCAGCCUUAUCCAGGUGGCAAACCUCCCUUAUGGAAAGGAUAACUUAGGGGAGCACAUUAUACUCUUGGGCCCUCAGAGCAACUCUUGGGCCCAGAGCGUGGCAGGGGCCCUUAAAAAUGAUGGGCAUACCGUGACUUGGGGAUCUUUGGAUGGGAAAAUGUCCGAAGGCCAAACAGUCAUAUCCUUGUUAGAUCUUGAUGGUCCUUUCUUCAGGGAUAUAGGUGAGAAGAGGCUGGAUAGUUUCAAGCUUUUGGUAGCCUCCUCAGCUCGUAUACUGUGGGUGACAAGAUCUCUCCAAAUAGCAUGUGAUGAUCCCGAUUACGGCCUCGUUUUGGGCGUGUCUCGUACUAUUAAGCAGGAGGAAGGAUCCUAUUUUGGGACAUUCGAGAUCGACAAGUUUGAUGAAAAUGCCGUUUCUGCACUGCUAAGAGUACAUGAGAAGUUUUGCCAACAGUACCACGCCAAAGGUACGACGGAUCUGGAUUAUGAAUUUGCCUUACAUGAGGGAAUGAUACACAUCGGACGAUUUCGAUGGACGUCGUUGACUGAUCAGCUGUUUUCGGAUUCUCGAGUCGGUCUACCCAUAAAGCUUUCAGUCUCUUCUCAUGGGUCCUUGAAUUCCCUCUACUGGGCCUCAGAUACAAAUACGCAUAGCAUUCUGGGUGUGGAUGAUGUUGAGGUUGAUAUCAGCUUUGUUGGUCUGAACUUUAGGGAUGUCAUGAUCGCUCUCGGGAUUAUGGCGCAUGAGGACGAGUUUGGGUGUGAGGCUAGUGGUAUCGUCAAGCGUGUUGGAUCAAAGGUGAGCCAUCUAUCUGCUGGAGACAGGGUUUGCUUAGCACAGCCCGGGCUAUUCCGGACAAGAACCGUCGCUCCGGCAAGUAGCUGUGUACGUAUCUCUAAGACACUGUCUCUUGAGGACGCUGCUACCAUGGGCGUCGCGUAUGGCACGGCCUACUAUUCUCUGGUUGACAUUGGAGGGAUACAGAAGGGCCAGUCAGUGUUGAUUCAUGCUGCCUGUGGUGGUGUUGGACUUGCUGCAAUCCAGAUCUGUCAGCUUUACGGCGCCAAGAUCUACGCCACGGUUGGCAGUGAACAGAAGAUCGAGUAUCUCGUUGACACGUUUGGAAUCAGUCGGGACCAUAUCUUUAAUUCGCGCGAUUCAUCUUUUCAACACGAUGUCAUGCGAAUGACAGAAGGCAGAGGCGUGGACCUAGUUUUGAAUUCGCUAGCUGGAGAGCUCCUCCAUGCCUCAUGGAGAUGUGUCGCGAAAUUUGGCAAAAUGAUCGAGAUUGGUAAAAGGGAUUUUAUAGGCCGUGGUAUGCUUAGCAUGGAUGUCUUUAGUGGCAACCGGGCAUUUUUCGGCAUAGACCUUGUAGAGCUGGACCAGAAACCGGGCUUUACUCACAGACUCUUUCAUAAAACUAUUGAGCUUUUUGAGCAAGGGAAGAUUCAUCCAAUACGCCCCUUGAAAAUCGUGGUGCCUACAGAAGUUGAAGGCGCGUUUAGAGAUAUGCAAAAGGGUCUACAUAUGGGGAAGAUGGCAGUGAAAAUGGCCUACAAUCCAGUGGAAUUUGCGCCGAAGAGGACUCGUCAACGAUUUUCUCUUUCUCCAGACGCGUCAUACCUCCUUGUUGGAGGCCUUGGAGGGAUUGGCCGGGCCAUUGCGACCUGGAUGGUAGAAAAAGGCGCUCGGUACCUGAUUUUUCUUUCUCGAUCCGCGGGGGAGUCCGACGAGGAUCAAGCAUUCUUCCACGAACUUCACGUCCAAGGCUGCUUCGCAAUUCCUGUGAAGGGGAAUGUCGCAAUUCUCGACGAUGUCAAGCGGGCUGUCGCGGCCAGCCCGACACCGUUAUGUGGCGUGCUUCAACUUUCCAUGGUCAUAAGAGAUGAAUUCUUCCCCGCUGUGACGUACGAGAACUGGAAGGCAACCCUCGCGCCAAAGGUGGAGGGAACUUGGAAUCUUCAUAAAGUAGUCACUGGGAAAGCAGUGCAGUUUUUUGUUGUCUUUAGCUCAGUUGCAGGAGUCAUGGGGCACCAGGGCCAGAGUAGCUACUCUGCUGCCAAUACAUUUUUAAAUUCAUUCGUGCAGUACCGACGGCUCAGGGGGCUCCCUGCAUCGGUCGUCAACCUCGGAUGCGUCGAUGAGAUUGGUCACCUUGCGACAGACAAUCUUAAGUUGAGAGAGGGGAUUCGCGCAGCAUCAGUUUGUCUUCUCAGUGAACAGAACGUGCUCGAUGCUCUAGAAAUCGCGAUCACUCGGCAGAGCGACCCCAAGCAAAGCUCCACGGGCCGGGUGCUCACGUCAGACCAAUAUACUGUUGGCAUGAGCAACACCAGGCAUCGCUCAGACCCUACUGUUCGACAGAUGUGGGGGAAGGAAGCGCGAUUCAGUGCCUAUGCAAAUUUUGAGAUGUACACAACGCGACAACGCAAUUCGGAUGCAGUAGAUAAGGUGAGGAAGACAAUUGCGGCCAUAGAGAACAACCCGGAGAUGUUGGAUGAUCCUUCCUGGAGAGACCGGAUUGUAAGGGAGAUACUUGCGGCAUUGCGGACGCUGUCGGGAUUUGGAAAGGAUCAAGACGACGAGCAAGUCAUGCAGACCCCGAUCGACUCGCUGAUGACAUUUGAGAUUCGCAACUGGCACCGACGAUAUAUCAACGUGGAAUUGUCUGCUACAGAUAUCGCCAAUGCCGAAACGCUUGGUGGCUUGAUGCCGGUUACUCUCGCAGCACUUCGUGCAAAAUUUGUUAGAUAG